AUGUUUCGUCUGUAUAUAAGCAUUAUGAAUGAUACGUUUGAUAUUAUAACACCUCCUACCAUCAACUUCACGGUCAUGCCCAUUGAAAUGGUGGAAUCAAAUUUUUUUCUAACUAUUCCUUCAAAUCUGAAGAAGCUGGUUGACGAAGGCGUUGAUUUAGAUAAACUGGAGUCAAAUGGAAUCCUGAUUCAAACUUUUAAAGAGAAACCUUUCUGUGUAAAAAACAAUGGCUUUAAGGUCAUAGAUGAUAAGGAACUUUAUCUACACAUGGCUGAAAAUUUUGGGUGGCUCGUGAAUUAUUUAGAAUUUAGGGAGAAUUACGAAAAGGCAAACACCAAGUUUGAGUCAAAGAUAGGGCAGUUUUUAGGAGUAACUGAAGAUUAUAUGUUGGACAAGAUAGUUUUUGAAAGGAGCGCCGUACUAGAUUUAACCUUGGAUGACUCUUACGAGGAUUUGUCUUCGGACAAAGACUCAGGUUUAAGAGAAAAACCGAAGUCGACUUCUGAAGAGGAUCUAAACGGCAAUUCAGUCAAGAAACGCAAAAUCGACGAGGAGCUGGUCUUUGACUUUUCAGGAUUUUCGGGAGACUUGAAGAUAUUUGAAAACCUGAAGAAAAUAUUGGAAUCAUUUUCUAAUGCGCCUGACUUCAAGGACACCCUGCUCUAUCAGCACAUGAAACCCCGGAGUGGUCCACUGCCAGAUACCACCAAACUGGAGCAGAAAAUAUUUAAUCAUACCUAUGAUAAGAAGCUUGCUCGAAUAUUGAUAAACGCAUUUGAGAAAUCAAGUUUGGAGGAUUACCUCAGGCUCGUCAAGCACUUUUCAAUCGGUUCCUCUCAGGUAUCUACUACACAAGUGCCUUUUGAAUCUCACUUGAUUGAGAAAAGAGUUUUGAGAUCCAUCUUGUCCUGGAAAUCCUGGUUGCUCAAUGGGUUUAACUUGGUGUUUUCUGGAUUAGGGUCAAACAGAAAUGUUUUAACUGCGUUCUCAAAUAUAGCUCUAAGAGAUGGCCAUGUGCUGACGAUAAACGCCUAUGCGAUCAAGGGCUCUGAUUCAUACCUGUGGAACUAUCUUUGUGAUAAAAUAGUUGGGAUUAAGACCCCUAGAAAGGCGGAGGCUCUUAGGAGAGCUUCUGAGAUCGUGAAGAAUCUUACCUGUAAUUUCUACAUUGUUAUAUACGGAAUGGAUCAAUUCUUGAUCAACGAUGGGUUCAAAAACCUCAAAUCUCUGUUUGAAUUGGAGAACGUUAAGGCUAUCGGCUCAAUCAACGGCCUGAAUUCUGGUCCAGUGCUCAAUGAGUUUGAUUCCGUUUUGGGGCGGUACAGGGUCAUUGACCUUGAGACCAAAGAGGACUAUACGCAAGAACUCAUUUCCUUGUGGCAAAAUAACCCGCCUAACUUUCUCGUAAACAAGAAGGUUCAGAAGACCACAGCCCAGAUACAGUCUAUUCUUGAGGCGCUGAGCCAAAACCACCGAAAGCUCUUCUCCUUAAUUUGCCAGAUACAGAUUGAGUUAGUUGAAGCUGAUUCUGCUUAA